CGCUGGUGGAGUCGUGUGCGUGCGGUGGUCGUCCCGCUUCUGGUGGCGAACGUCCCGUCGUAGCGGUCUGGUGGGGACUAUCUCGUAGCAGCGGUGUCGGACUUGAGCCCUCGCCCCUCGAUCCCGUGAGGAGCAGCUGAGGACGCGGAGGACGUUACCCGCACGCCGCUUCGAGGACCUGUCGCUCGACGCGCCGCCCGACCCACGGGCGACCAGCAGGCAUCCAGAGGGCAUCGUGAAAGUGAACUCUCGUUUGGCUUCCGCCAGCGCCUGACGUCAGAGCGGUGAUUACAUCACCGGUUCGAGCCGGCACCGCGCAGUGUCAGAUCCGCGUGCGUCUGCGUGCGUCCGCAUGCGUGGCAUGCUGUAGCGUCACCUCCGCCCCCCAGCGGCAGCGUGCGCGUCGAUGAAGACCAACAAGAGCAAGAGCGUGACGAACCUGGCGGCGGCGCAGGCGCAGUACGCGUCCACGCCGCACCUCUUCGUCUUCCAGUCGAACGAGGAGGCGGCCGUGCUGCACAAGCCGGAGCCCAUCUACCAGUCGGCCGUGGACGUGCGCGCCGGCCGGCUGGCGGCCGCGCAGCGCAUCAGCGAGAAGUACGACUCGUACCGCAACCUGGCGCGUGACGAGGAGCAGCCGCUGACCGUGGGCGACGCCGACAUCGCCCAGGUCGAGUCCUUCUUCGCCGGGCACAAGACGCAGGUGAUCGUGUGCCGCGCGCUGGCCAACAUGUACCUCAGCUCGGAGUCCAACUCGUGGGAGCUCAAGUACACCGGCAUCCCGGCGCUGGUGGUCGACGCCGGCGACACGCGCAGCCGCGGCCGCCGCCUCAUCCAGAUCGUGCUCGCCGAGAAGGGCACCAGCUUCAUGCUGUGGCGCGACGUGGUCGACAACCUGUCCAACUACACGGCGCCCGACCCGAGCUUCCACACUAUGCACCUGUCGACAGACCACCGGCACCGCGUCGGCUUCAGCUUCGACGACAUCGAGGCGGCCAAGGCGUUCCAGGCGCAGCUGGAGACGCUGUGCGCCGAUCCGGCCAACAUCAGCCUGUCGGGGCCGGCGCAGAAGAAGCGCAGGAAGAAGAAGGUGGAGCGCUACGUGCGACCGCGCAAGGAGGACAUCUCGCAGCCGUGCUGCUUCCAGCACGUGACGAGCGUGGGCGCCUCGGACAUGGACCGUUUCUACACGCUGCAGAGUCUCGUGGGCGGCAAGCUGACGUGAGGGCGCUGGGCCGCUCGGUGCCAUAGUGACCGCUGACGGGUCGCGGGUCACGGGUCACGAUGCGGGACGCGUGGGCCGGGCGGCGCGCCGCGGGCGGUGUUGUGAUGCACCCGGUGUUUUCGUCGCUCAGGCGGGGGGCGUGUUUUAGAGGCGGCACGCGCGUGAGAUGUGUUUGCCACCGGCGCUGCGUUCGAGUGUGAUCUGUGAAAGCCGUGAAAGCCGCCGGACUGACGCAGCCCACAAGGUGCUGAGCGGUUUCGACACGGGAGACCUCUGUCGACCGGUGUGAGUGGCCGAGCCGCGCCGACUCACGCCGGCCCGAGAAACAGGCAGCGACAUUCGAGAGCGAUGUGGCUAGUUCUGUGCUCAUGUGGAGAUCUGCUCUGUUUCACAUAGAUCGACGACGAUGUGUUUUGCAGCAUGUUAAUGCACCGAGUGCGCGAUGCAACGAAUAUGUGAAAUGUGAACUAGUCAGACAAAGCUGUUCUGUUUGGCGAACAGUGUCGGCCACAGCUGGGCAGAAUGUGGCUACCUAAGCGAUGUAAAUAAGUUCCGGACUGGGACAAAAUCUAGGCCGAUGCGAACAUUUUAACUAAAUAUCUUGAACUGCUUCAAUACGGCAGGUGUUGUCAUCAUGUUCCCAUACUUAAGACAACCCCGAGCUCCCGUAAAUUCGUCAUAGGAUGGUAGGUACCCAUUGUGUUAUUUAUGCUGAAAGCAGUCUGACGUGUAUCUGUGAUUUGGAGUGUUUUAUGCGUCCGCUUAGCCCAAGUGACUUAUUGUCGUUUUUGUCGUAGGCUGCGACGCCGACCGAGUUAUUCGAGUCUAAUUUAUGCUGCUUUCCGUACGUGUGGCCAUUUAUCGCGAUGUCUCAAGCUGAAUACACGCAGGAUGUGUAAUUUAUGGGGGACAAUAUCCGAGGUCCGCCUCAGCCCCGUUACCCUCGGAGGGAGGCGACCGUAUCUGCGUCUCUUUU